CAGAUUCGGUGGCUUGCGGAGCACACGAACGUGGCCACAGACGAUCGUGGCAGCAGCUACUCUGAUUUGAACCUCGGCCAUGUCCGCUCGUUUCUGUCGUUCAACCUGAGGAGAGGCGUGCUCACCAAAGACAUCAGCACAUUACUUAGGAAGAUGACGUCCGAGAAUAACUAUAGCUUGCUAAGAGUGCUCGAUUUGGAGGGCGUGUAUAAGCCAUCCUUGCAAGGUGUGCUCCACAAGCUGGUGCUCCUAAGGUACCUAGGAUUGCGAUCCACGGUGUUGGAUUCGCUCCCGAGCACCAUUUCUGAUCUGCACUAUCUCGAGACUCUUGACAUAAAGCACACCAACAUCACUUCGCUGCCAAGUUCCUUUUGGAAGGCGAGGAACUUGAGGCACCUGCAUCUUAACUGGUUCUACAUCGACUUGAAGAACAUCCUCAAGGCUUGUAGCAACAAUGUCAAUGCCUUAACUCAACUCCAAACCUUAAGCGGGCUGGUUAUUGGCGAAGUUAAGGAGACCUCGGGCCUCGAGAACAGCUUGACAACGCUCACCACACUCAAGCUUUUCUUGCAACACUCAGAUAACGACACCUCAGGCGCUGCCGGGAAAACAAUAGCGCAUUGGAUUAGCUUCAGGCUCACCAAUCUUCAGUCCUUGACCUUUGGGGUGAUCCAAGAAGCCAAGCCCGUGGAAGUAGCCAUGAAAGUAGACCAGCCCGCACAAGAAGCCGAGCCCGCAGAAGAAGCGGAACCCACGGAAGAAGUCGCAGAAGAAGCCGAGCCCGCGAAAGAAGCCACAAAAGUAUCCGAGCCUGAGAAAGAAGCAGAACCCGUGCCAGAAGUAGUCGAGCCCGCGAAAGAAGAAGUCGAGCCCACAAAAGAAGCCACAAAAGUAUCCGAGCCUGAGAAAGAAGACAAGAAAGAAGGCAAGAAAGAAGCCAAGCCCGUGACAUCGCAGAUAGGCACGAUACCGGAGCUGUCGUUGGCUGAAAAACAUCACGAACUGUUGGAGCUCUACUUGCUGGGCCAACUCCACAAACCCAUCUGGACACAGCUCUUGCCGAUCUCGCUCAGGUAUUGACUCUGUCGGGUUCGAAGGUGGAAAUCGACAUGAUGCCCCAAUUGGGUGGUCUCCUGAAACAACUGAGGACCUUCAGGCUCUUGGCCAAUUCCUUCCUAGGCACUAGCCUGAGGUUCGCCAAAGAUGGGUUUCCGAGCCUCAUGAUCUUGAAGAUUUGGAAGCUGCCUCGGCUUAAGAAGGUGAUUAUAGAACGAGGAGCAAUGCUCCAUCUCAAAGAACUCGAGUUUAGGCACCUCGAUGCGAACACAAAAGUUAGAGGGAUCAAGGAGUGCAAGGAACUAGAGAAUAUAUGUGUCGUAUUCAAAAAGGGUGCUCGAAAUUUUGUUGACUGCCUCGACAAGCAAAAGAAAAAGACGCAGAAUCUAUGCAUGAUAGAAGAGACCGAGACGAAUGAACUUACAGACGAUGACAAGAGUCCCUGACGAUGACGAAGAUGCUCCCUUCCUUCAAUGUAAACCACUACAAUGAUAUUUCGAGUCGAACAUAUGUAUAUGUAAC